UGCAAUCUGAAUUUGAUGCAGAAAUGAAAAGACAAGAAUGUGAGUUUCGACAGCAGACGAACAAGAUGAGUAACUUAGUUCUGUCCCAUGAAGCUAAAAUAUUUCAAUGUGAUGAUAAAAGUUCUCCUAAAAAAGAUUUUCCUACCUCGGAAAUACAAAAACUUCAGGAUGACAAUGACAACCUUCGGGCUAUUAUUGCACAAAUGAGGAAAGAAAUGGAGAGUCUUAAUGAGCAGAUGCUGCCCUCUUGUCCUCAGACAGAAAACAGACAGCUUGCAGAGCAAACUAACACUGGCAUAACUACAGAAAUCUCAGAAGUCUCCUCUGGUCGUGAGCUGGAAUGGGAUGAAGGUUCAUCAUACACAGACAAAGUUUCCACUGGAACCACUUUAAACAAUAUCGAAAUGAGUUCUGCUAACUUGGAUUUAGUAGUAAAGCCACACAAAGAAAAGGAACGAAAACCCAAAGUUCUUAAAGAAAGGAUGGUAGACCAUUUGCAAAAGUUGUCUGAUGUAGGGCUGAGUGAUAGUCUUCCAUAUGGUAUGGGUUGCAGUUUACUAGGAAUGCAGAAUAAACUGAAGGAAGCGAUGAGAAAAAUCUUAAUUUUGAGCCAAGAGAAACAGCAGCUAAUUGAGAUGGGAAACAAGCUCAGAACAGAACUUGGAAUGGUAUCAAAGGAAGGAUUUCAUCUUCCUGAUGGCUCUAAGUGCUACACAGUUUAUGUUGCCUCUGGUAGUCUUUUCCCAAAAGAGUUUGUCAAAAGAGCACAGUGUCAGCUUUCAGCUUUAGAGCGUCUACAGGACAAGCUUGCAACACAGAUUCAGCUAGAUUCCGUUAUUGAAAAUUGUGGGGCAGCACAACAAAAGGCAUGUACCUCCUCAGCGCUCGUUGAAAGUCAGCCACUCGGGGAGAGUCCUAGUCAAGCCCAGCAGGUCUGGCUUUCUUCAUCUAGAACACGUAGUUCCUGCCAAGAUACUUGGCACGCUUUAGAAACAAGAUCAAGUCCUUCUGUUCUCAGUCCUCAAAACAACUCUGGCCAAGGAGUGGAGUUUCAAGUUAUAUAUGCAACCAAAAUGCCUGAAGAAUUUCAGCAAAACAUCAAAGCCAAGGAUAAAGCUGAAAUGCCACCUACGUAUUUGACAGUCACAGGAGCCAAGCUGGAAGUUCAACAGAAAGUAAAGUCCAGAAAUUUGUCUUGUGCUCAUCCCAUAAAGCCAAAAAUCUCUUUCAACAUGGCAAAAAUCCGCAACUACAACAUUAAAGAAUGACUUUUUUUUUUUGGCAGCAAAUUUCAUGUCCACACUUGGUAUUCAUUUUUAAACCCAUAAAUAGGAUUUAGUUAUUGACUCUGGAAUUCAUUUUUGUAUGUAAAGUUGGGAUGUCUGAAGCCAAAAGAGAGAACAAAUACCCUGUUUCAUGCUGCAAGCUGAAAUCAAGGAUUAAUCUGCAUACAUGAUAAUCUUAUCAUGCUCACUAUUAAAACUGAUUUAUUUUAAUUAUAUAUGUUAAAUAUUGCUUGCAUCAUGGAUUUAGAAAUGCCCAGUUAAUACAUAUGUAAAUCCUUUUGCCUCUAGGCAAAGCUAGCAGUUCUUUAGCAAAUAUUUGUUGAGAAACUGUUGAUGUGUUUCAAGCUUAGAAGUGGGAUGCCCCAACCUUCUUGUUUUCUUAUAAUUAACAAUGCAACCGUUAAUACUAUGCAGUUAUCUUUCUACUUAAAAGAAAGAGGAUUGAAAAGAUUACACCUGAAUUUGUAUUGCUUCUUCUAUAGUUGUUUCCAUGCUGUUUCUUUCAUGAAAACAUGAAAGAGUAUAAAAUCAAAAUUCUACCAUCACACUGGAAAUACUGAUUUUAACAAGAGCUUUACAAAAUUGAAAGCAGUAAUGAAUACAUUAUUUUAGAAUUUUGGAAGUACAGUAAUAAUUAAGUCUUGAAACAGAUGAAACUAUUCUUUGUGUCACUUGACAUGCUCACCUCUGCUACGCCCACUCAUGUGAGCUAAACAUACUCUCUAGGGCACAGGUCAAGGCCCUACCUCAAAGAAAAUUUGAGUGUGUUGUGAUGGAAUGAGGGAUACUUAUGUAAUUAUGAACCAUGUUGGGACUUCUAAACAAAUUUUAACAAUGGUGUGCUGUUGUGAGAUAUUUCGGUAUUGAACUUUACAACAAGUCUCAUCAGUGAACUGUUUUUCUGUUGCUGCUGAGUAACUGAGUAGU